UCUCUCUCUCGCGCGCGCACAAACACUUUCUCUUUCCCAAUUUCUACUGCAGGACACAAGAGCACCUGAAUGCAAAGCUUUAUUUUGAAUCUUUGAUCUAUGUCAGAUUUGAGUGUCCUUUUCUGCAAACAUUUGUUCUUUUAAAUUCUCCCAUAUCGAGAUUUUGGCUUUGCGAAACUUAGAUAUCUUUCCUCUCAUUCUUGAGAAAUUCUCAUUCUUCACCAAAACUGUUAUCCGUAAAACAAGCAACUCUCAUUUGUAGUACUCUUUGUUUGGCUGGCUCUCUUCUCUCUCUUUAUUUCUUCAGACACUCAUUCAUAAAAAACUUCAGAUCAUGUAAUUUUUGCCUCCUUUCUUCCAUCAACACACCUAGAGGAGAGCCUUUUAGCUUUUGUUUCUUAUGUAUGUUUGAAAAGGAGUCCGCUUAUAUUAUUAUCGAUCCUGGCAACAAUUCUACCAUUCUUAUAGCCAUACCUUCAUAAAAAAACACCAAAUCAUGCAGUAGUUUCCCUUCUUAGCACAUCCCCUUCACAAAAAAAAAAAAUAAGAAAAGAAAAAAAGAGUCAUUUGGUGUAGCUUUUGAUAAUGCCGGAGACCGAGAACGGAACACCGAACGUGUCGGCCCCACCGACACCGGGCACGCCGGGGGCGCCGCUCUUCUCGUCGCUCCGUGUCGACUCGCUGUCAUACGAUAGGAACUCGAUGCCGCGGUGCAACAGGUGCUUGCCGGUGAACUCCAACUCCUGGGCUUCUCCUGCCGCGUGCUUCACCGAGAUCCCCAAGCCCGACGUCUCCCUCGCCCGCAAGCUUGGAGCAGAGUUCGUGGGCACCUUCAUUCUGAUAUUUGGUGCCACCGCGGCUCCCAUCGUGAACCAGAAGUACAAUGGAGCCGAGACUCUCAUCGGCAACGCUGCGUGCGCCGGCCUCGCAGUCAUGAUUAUGAUCCUCUCCACCGGCCACAUCUCCGGCGCCCACCUCAACCCCUCCCUCACCAUCGCCUUCGCAUGUCUCCGCCACUUCCCUUGGGUCCAAGUCCCCGCAUACAUAGCGGCCCAAGUCUCGGCGUCCAUUUGUGCCUCCUUCGCACUCAAAGGCAUCUUCCAUCCCUUCCUCUCCGGCGGCGUCACAGUCCCUUCCGUCGGCACUUCCCAGGCGUUCUUCCUUGAGUUUUGCAUCACCUUCAAUCUCUUGUUCGUCGUCACUGCCGUUGCAACAGAUACUCGAGCGGUGGGAGAAUUGGCUGGAAUAGCAGUUGGGGCUACGGUUAUGCUCAACAUCCUCGUGGCCGGGCCGUCGAGCGGUGGAUCGAUGAACCCGGUGAGGACGAUCGGGCCGGCGUUGGCAGCCGGGAACUACAAGCAGAUAUGGAUAUAUUUGGUGGCACCCACGGCGGGGGCCAUCGCCGGGGCUGCGACCUACACCAUCGUGAAGCUCACAGACGAGGACGGGGCGACACCACGAACGCCCAGAAGCUUCCGCCGCUAGACCCGGAGGCCGAUGUUGUGGCCAUGCCUACUACUACUUACUCUCUGGUUCGUGUGACUUUGUGAAUGGUGAUUAGUGUGCAAUUAUAACUGUGUGAUUGAGAAAAAAAAAACGAGGGUAAUUCCACGCUUAUUAGCAAAAGGUCAAGGGGAAUGUGGAGGUGUUGGCGUGGAGAGUACUGUACAUGCUGUGGAGGGGAAUGUGGAGGUCUGUCAGUGAUCUUGCGAGGAGUCUUUGGCUUUCAGAAUGAAGUGAGUGUAAUCUAUAUCUUGUGAUAUGUCAUGGUUUUUUUCUUGGGGUACAUUGAGGAAGGCAAGCAACAAAAACAACAUUACAAUCUAACAAAGCUGCAUCCACAAAGGCCCUGUAAUCUAUCGCUUUGUCGUGUUUGAUUUGAUU